AUGAGGGUUCCCAAGUCCAUCCUAGUAACAGGCGCUCUCAUAUGUAUCGCACAAGGACAGUGUACCAAAAGGUACUGCGAUUCCCAGACGUUAAUAUGCUAUGUAGGCUGGACUAGUACCAACGGCAUCACAUUCGGCAUCGCUUUGCCUGCCACCAAAACCGCACCCUUUGAUACAGUGCUGCAAAUUGUGUCUCCAGUCAAGAACGGCUGGGUGGGCUUCAGUUGGGGUGGCACCAUGCCAUAUGUGCCACUUACGAUUGAAGCCGAAUACGCAUACAUAAAAGGGACUGGAUACAACGAGACUCAUUGGACCUUAACCGUCCGGUGCAGGGGCUGUUCCCAAUGGCUUGAUGUUGAUGGAAAUACCGUCUCCAUUGAUGCAGAUGCCUCUGCGCAAAAGUUUGGAUAUGGUGUGUCGAACAAGACACCCGCUGAGCCAGCGAACAACCGAUCUGCCUUUGAUGUGCAUAACUCGUUUGGCCAUUACAAGGCCAAUCUGACACAGGGCCACAACGCAGACUUUGAUAGAUUGAUCGCGGCGAAUCUCAUGGAUGAGCAACCAGCAGUGAGCAGUGCUCCAGUGCCAAGCUCAGUCCUCAGUAUACGACCAACAAGUACUAGUACGAGAGUGACUUCUUCGACAUCUCCAGGACCUAUUCAAACCAGCAUGCCUACGUCGUGCGAUGGUGUCAAUAAGCUCGCAUUUGCUGUACGCACUGCUAAAGGAUGGAAAGCUACAAAAGUUGCAGGGGGAUUGACCCAACCGAGAGGACUCAUUUUCGAUACCGCAGGCAAUCUCCUCAUUGUUCAAAACGGCUUCGGCAUCACAGCACACAAAGUCUCAGACAGUGGCUGCCUCGAGUCCUCCAAGACACUCAUUGCCCAGCGGAACCUCAAUCAUGGCAUCGUCGUUAGUCAAGACGGCAAAACACUAUACGCCAGCUCCGCCACUACCGUGUUUGCGUGGAAAUACGACGCAGACACAAUGAGUGUUUUAGGAAACGCAACGACAAUAGUAACCGGCAUGGAUACCAAAGGCCAUGUCACACGCUCACUCAGCAUACCCCCCAAACACCCCAACCUGCUUCUCGUCUCGCACGGUUCAAACGAAAACAUUGACUACGGCUCCAUAGACAUCAAGACGGGGCGGGCCUGCAUCAAAGUCUUCAACACAACCUCCCCACCACCCGCGGGCUACAACUACACCACCGCCGGCCACCAACUCGGAUACGGGCUCCGCAACGAAGUCGGCCUCGCCUUCGACGCCUCGUCUCACCUCUGGGGCGUGGAGAACUCGGCCGACGACCUCCACCGCACCCUCAACGGCACCGCCACCGACAUCCACAAUGACAACCCCGCUGACGAACUCAACUACAUUGGCGACGCAGCCCUCGAGAACAAAAACUGGUACGGCUACCCCACCUGCUUCACCGUGUACGCGCCCGCGGCCAUGCCCGACCAGAACUUCACCACAGGCGACCAGUUCGUCCUUGAGCCCAACGCCACCUUCAACGACGCCACGUGCAACCAGCGCAGCAUAGCUCCACGCGUAGCACUCCCUGCACACUCGACUCCGCUGGAAGCAAAAUUCAACGUCGAUUUCUCUGCCCUCUUUGUCACGCUGCAUGGCAGCUGGAACCGCAGGCCACCCGUGGGCUUCAAAGUCAUUCAAGUCCCGUUUUCACGGCGCGAGGGCAACGUCUUUGGACCGAAUCCCGUGGAUCAUGCCAGUGAGGAGCUGUGGGAAGAUAUUUUUUGGAAUGAGCACGUCGAUGAAUGUGCAGCUACGUCGUGUUUUCGGCCGGUGGGACUGGCGGUAGAUGUGCGGGGGAGAGUGUAUGUUAGUAGUGAUAGCGGGGCGGAGGGUGAGGUUGUUGUUUUGGAGCGGGUGUGA